UACCCUUCAAGGGUUUCGACUGAAAAUCGGCAAUGGCAAGUAUCAAAAAAGUUGAACAAGUACGUACAAAAUGUAUAUCUACACCCAAAAAGUUGAACAAUAAGUCACAAAUUAUUAUUGAUGAUGAUGAUGUUGGUGUUGAUGAUGAUGGCACACCAUUGAGACCCAUUUUCUGUUUGAAAAGAAAAUCCGCCAUUAAAGAAUUUGAUGAUAAAGAAGAUUGCUUUAUUCUCGAUUUUAACCCUGAUGAAGAUUCUGUCGAUCUUUCUAAGAUGAAUGCCGAAAAGGGUGUCCAAAACAAUCCUCAAGAUUCACCAGAUGUUUUCAUGGUUGCUGAAAAAGGACAGGUGGCAUGCAGAGAUUACCCACAUUCGAGGCAUUUGUGUGUGAAGCAUCCAUUUCAAAAGACACCACAUGAAAGCUACUGUAAUAUGUGUUAUUGUUUUGUAUGCGAUGUUUCGGCACCUUGCAAGUCAUGGAAUGGAUAUAAUGGCCAUUGUCAUGCUAUUGACAAUGAAGGCUGGAAAUUGGUGAGGAACAUUAUGAAAAAGGUCUGAAAUCUUAGAAAAGAGGCUGGAAUCCAUGAAGAUCACCAUUGUCUUUGAAUGAAAGAACGUUAUUUUCUUGUUAAGGUCUCGUGUUUAUAUGCUCUUAGUGAUGACCACCAUAAUCUUGGUGCCCCCUAUUGAAUAGUGUAAAAAAUUUAUGAUUUGGAUGAUAAGCAAGUUAGAGUAUAUGAAAUGUUUAUAGCUUUACUUGUUGGCAGUCUGUGAUACUACGUUCUCUAGUAUUGGUUAUCUUUUUGAUCGGCUUUAUAGAUGUGGGUCAACCGUUGGAGCUUGGAUUCAUAUAACAUGUACAGACCUUUUUGAAAAGUAUGAAAAGGAACUUCUUUGGUU